AUGGCCACAACACUCAGGCUGGGCAAAUCGCACUACGAGGCGCUGCUUCCUCAGCUUGAGGAGAUGGGCUGGUCGUCGGCCGAUGCGCACCAGGCUCUGCAGGCCACAGGUGCUCGCGACCUCGCCUCAGCCAUCGAUUGGCUCGUGGCGAGACCGGCCAGCGGCGAAGGUGGCGUCGUGGAGCCGACGCCGUACCAGGCCCCACCGGCCGUGGUCGUGCCCGUGCCCGCCUCCUCGUCUCUGUCGGCGCCGUCGGCGGCCCUGGCCCCGGUGGCGCCCGCCGGCGGUGCGGAGAAGAGCGAAUACGAACGGAAGCAGCGCGAGCUGGAGCUCCGCAAGGCGCGCGAGGAGAAGCGACGGAAGGAGGAGGAGCAGCGACGCAUCAAAGAACACAUCAAGGACAUGAAGCUCGACCGGCGGGCGCCGGUGCCCACCGCGAGCGGUUCCGCGCCAUCGACACCAACGCCGGCGGCUUCUGCUUCGGCCGCCUCGUCGUCGCCUGUGGCUCUGCUUCAGAUUCGAUUGCCCACCGGCACCACAGUCAAGCACGAGUUUGCGUCGACGGACACACUCGGGGCGGUGUAUGAGUUCGUGUCGCAGUCCACGGGCCGGGACGUGGCCAACUUCCUGCUCCUGCAGCCGGGCAUCCCCAAGGUCGAGUACCCGAUCGAGACCGCCCUCACCACCACCCUCGCACAAGCUGAGCUGGUGCCGCGCGGGAGCAUCACGGUGAUGAAUCGGGAGGACAAGGGCGUGGUGCGGGGCGCCGAGGCCGAGCCUGCCAUGCACUUCCGCCGCGUACGGUACCGCCACGCAGGCGACGACGACGACGAAGACGAAGGGGAGCUCAACGCCGAUGCCGUCGACACCGACGCAAUGAGCUACGAGCAAUUGCUGGCCCUGGAGGAGCGAAUAGGGGAGGUGGGGAAGGGCCUGAGCAAGCAGGUCCUGGCCACGCUGCCCACCUUCACCUACGACUCCUCCGUCUCCGUUCUCGGUGAUCCCAUGUGUGCCUUUUGCCUGUCGGACUACGACACGGGCAACAUCCUGCGCAAGCUCCCGUGCGGCCACGCAUUCCACAAGGCACGUCGAUUCAUUUUCUACUUUAUUAAUUUCAUAUAA